AUGGAGGGCAGAGGUGGAUGCGGCCCCGUUGCCGCCCUUUCAGGCCCCUCACGACCCCUUCGCGGCCCCGUCGCUGCCCUUCCGCGGCCCCGUCGCCGCCCUUUCAGCGGCCCCAUCGCCAACCUGCGGCCCUACGGCCCCGUCGCCUACCUGCGGCCCUACGGCCCCGUCGCCUACCUGCGGCCCUACGGCCCCGUCGCCUACCUGCGGCCCCGGCCCCGUCGCCUUCCUGCGGCCCCGGCCCCGUCGCCUACCUGCGGCCCUAUGGCCCCGUCGCCUACCUGCGGCCCUACGGCCCCGUCGCCUACAUGCGGCCCUACGGCCCCGUCGCCUACCUGCGGCCCCGGCCCCGUCGCCUUCUUGCGGCCCCGGCCCCGUCGCCUACCUGCGGCCCUACGGCCCCGUUGCCUACCUGCGGCCCUACGGCCCCGUCGCCUACCUGCGGCCCCGGCCCCGUCGCCUUCUUGCGGCCCCGGCCCCGUCGCCUACCUGCGGCCCUACGGCCCCGUCGUCUACCUGCGGCCCUACGACCCCAUCGCCUACCUGCGGCCCCGGCCCCGUCGCCUCACUACGGCCCCGGCCCAGUCGCCCACCUGCGGCCCCGGCCUCGUCACCUAA